UGCGGAUGUGCCGCUGCCCCCAGGAGCACCAUGACAGCAGGAUGACCGCAGCGGACGCAGCGGUAGGGGCUGGCGAUGCCCGGGAGGCGGCUGGGUCCUCCGAGUGGCCCCCCAGCAGCCCCAAAGCCCUGAGGCGGCCUGGCCGGGGCCAGGUGGCCGUGGCGGCACUGGUGUGGCUACUGGCGGGAGCUAGCAUGUCAAGUCUCAACAAGUGGAUCUUCACGGUGCACGGCUUCGGGUGGCCCCUGCUGCUGUCCGCGCUGCACAUGCUGGCGGCAGCGCUGGCAUGCCACUGGGGGGCCCGGCGCGCCUUGCCGGGGCGCACGCGAUGCCGAGUGCUGCUGCUCAGCCUCACCUUCGGCGCCUCCAUGGCCUGCGGCAACGUGGGUCUAAGAGCGGUGCCCCUGGACCUGGCACAGCUGGCCACCACCAUCACUCCGCUGUUCACCCUGGCUCUGUCUGCCCUGGUCCUGGGCCGGCGCCACCAUCCCCUGCAAUUGGCUGCCAUGGGCCCGCUUUGCCUGGGGGCCGCCUGCAGCCUGGCAGGGGAGUUCAGGGCACCCCCUGCGGGCUGUGGAUUCCUGCUGGCCGCCACGUGCCUGCGAGGCCUCAAGUCAGUUCAGCAGAGUGCCCUGCUGCAGGAGGAGAAGCUGGAUGCUGUGACCCUGCUGUACGCCACCUCGCUGCCCAGCUUCUGCCUGCUGGCGGGGGCGGCCCUGGUGCUGGAGACCGGCGUGGCCCCGCCGCCCGCUCCCGCGGACUCCCGCCUCUGGGCCUGCGUCCUGCUCAGCUGCUUCCUGUCCGUGCUCUACAAUCUGGCCAGCUUCUCGCUGCUGGCCCUCACCUCUGCCCUCACCGUCCACGUCCUGGGCAACCUCACCGUCGUGGGCAACCUCGUCCUGUCCCGGCUCCUGUUUGGGAGCCACCUCAGCACCCCCGGCUACGUGGGCAUUGCCCUCACCCUUUCUGGAAUGUUCCUCUACCAUCACUGUGAGGUUGUGGCCGCCUGGGCUGCCCGCCGGGGGCUGUGGAAGAGGGACCAGCCUGGCAAGGGUCUUUGAGACACGGGG